GAAGCACCUCCGUCCCCCGCUGUCUGCACAUCAUACCAUAUCAUAAACCGCUACCAUUACUGCCAGCGAGCUAACAUAACAACAUACCCUUCAAAAACAGGAUCUUACAAACGGCCGAGGUAAGGACGCAACACUUGAACCAACGACUCGCACUGCGUUGAUGGAGGGGCUACUGAGAGGUGUUUGGGAAGCACACUAUGUUUCCCUGUGUCUCCACCUGGCCCUCUUCUGAUCCCCCUGCCGCUCUGGGCCAUGCUCCGCCCAUUCACCCGGUACAGCCACCCAAUCAGCCACUGCCUGACCUGCUGCGGAGCUGUGUUGUGCUCCCUUCCCCAUCCACACGCCUGAGCCCUUGUACCAACGAGAUGGAGUCUAUGAUUGUGGUGACGGAGUAUGAGCCCAGUGGUGGCUCAGGGCAGGAGGGCGGAGAGGAGGAGGAGGUGGAGGACAUGGACAGCUCGGAAACGCCGGAGCUGGCGUUGUCAGGUCCGGUACCGCCCUUCCGUAUGGCCUCCUGUGUUCUUUUAUCCCACUCGGUGGGCCGCCCGGAAGCGCUCUUCCCAGAACCGCAGGAGCACAGAGGUAGACUCAGCCUCUCCAACAGGAAGCUGUCGCUACAGGAACGCUCGCAGACGCUUUCGUCGCCCUGCGGUUCUCCGGGGCUGAACGGACGCUAUAUUUACCCAUCGCUGCCCUACUCGCCAAUCACCUCCCCUCACUCAUCUCCACGCCUCCCUCGAAGACCAACCGUGGAGUCUCAUCGUGUCUCCAUCACAGACCUGCAGGACUGCGUGCAGCUCAACCAGUACAAGCUGAAAGAUGAGAUCGGAAAGGGCUCCUAUGGAGUUGUCAAGCUGGCGUACAAUGAAGACGACAACACAUACUAUGCCAUGAAAGUGCUGUCCAAGAAACGACUGAUGAGGCAGGCUGGGUUCCCGCGCAGACCUCCUCCUCGUGGGGCAAAAUUGGCCCCUGAGGGCCCUCCUCAGCCCAAAGGGCCUCUGGAGCGUGUUUACCAGGAGAUAGCCAUCCUCAAGAAGCUUGAUCACCCUAAUGUGGUUAAGCUUGUGGAGGUGCUGGAUGAUCCAAGUGAGGACCAUCUGUACAUGGUAUUUGAGCUUGUCAAACGAGGAGCAGUGAUGGAGGUUCCUACUGAUAAGCCCCUGGAUGAGGACCAGGCACGCUUCUACUUCCAGGACUUGCUGAGAGGAAUUGAGUAUUUACAUUAUCAGAAAAUCAUUCAUCGGGACGUCAAGCCUUCCAACCUGCUUGUGGGAGAAGAUGGCCAUGUUAAAAUUGCCGACUUUGGGGUCAGUAACCAGUUUGAGGGAGCAGACGCCCUCCUGACCAGCACAGUUGGGACACCAGCAUUUCUCGCCCCAGAGACCCUCUCAGAGACCCGCAAGAACUUCUCUGGAAAGGCUCUGGAUGUGUGGGCGAUGGGAGUCACCUUGUACUGUUUUAUCUUUGGAGUGUGUCCGUUUAUGGAUGAGCGUAUUUUGAGCCUCCAUCAGAAGAUCAAGACCCAACCAGUGGAGCUUCCUGAGAACGCGGACAUAUCAGAUGACUUAAAGGACCUUCUUUUUAAAAUGUUGGACAAGAAUCCUGAAACCAGAAUUACCGUCCCACAAAUCAAGGUGCACCCAUGGGUGACGCGGCACGGCGCUGAGCCCCUCCCCCCUGAGGAUGACAACUGCUGCAGCCUGAUAGAAGUGACAGAGGAGGAGGUGGAAAACUCUGUCAAGCACAUCCCCAGCCUGGCCACUGUGAUCUUGGUUAGGACUAUGCUGCGCAAGCGUUCUUUUGGGAACCCGUUUGAUUGGGGCCGCAGGGAAGACAGGAGUCCCGCCGCACCAGGACACACGCUAUCGAAACAAGAGAGCGAGGAAGGCAUGCGGAGUAUGGACCUGCCCUUCGUGGGCGAGGAUGAAGUUCUUUCCUGAUAGUUGUGGGUGUCUUGCUCGGGGGAAAUGCGCAAGGAUGGGGCUGCCGUGGCUUCCGGAAGGCCAGGAUAUGGACCUGGGGCUGGGGCGUGGACGGAAAGAUGGAAGAAAGGAAGAAGCUCUUGUUGGAUUGUUUAUGUGGAGGGUGCCCACCCACUCAUGCAUGCAUUUGUACAGUCCACAGCAGCAUGCACUGUAUCUGUCUGCCCAGGUCUCUGCCAUCUCUCAGGACCUGUUUUCUGUGUGCGCGCGUGUUUUUACUCUCCUCUCCGGCACGGAGACUCUGCUUUACUCCCCUACUUCCGCUAGGGGGCGCCACCGCAAAGCAAAACAGAAUUUUUGGGGAAAAAAUGUACAAUUUAUUAGGUUUGUCCAUCACUCAUUAAUUAGAGAGACAUGCUACUUUAUUGCAGUUUUACAGAUCUUAUAGAUUAUUAGAACUGAAUUUGAAAGUAAUAAAAUAAAGACUUUCAUCAGAAAUUAAUUUCUCGAAAGAAAUCUUGAAAAUCAGGUUUGUUUGGUCAAAUAAAUUAAAUAAUGUAUAUAAAUAAACAUCAAGGCAAAUAAAAUAAUAAAUAGCCUUUUCACAUUUGCGGACAACAACCUUUAACUAGUUUUUAAUUCUUAAUGGGUGAUUUCUUAGGUUUGUCCAUCACUUAUUAAUUAAAGGGUUAGUUCACCCAAAAAUGAAAAUUA